AUGGAAGGGUUGAAGGAGAUGGAGAGGCUGAAGGAGUUGCAGUUGGCGAGGGAAGCUAAGGAAAGGUUGGAAGUGGAGAAUGAGAGGUUAAGGGUAGAGUGUGAGGAGCUGAAGAGCAAGUUAGAAGAAAUGAGAGGAAUACUAAGUAGUGGGAAAGUAGAAAUGAAAGAAGAGGUGAAAGGAGUGGAGGAGAGAAUGGUUGAGAAAAUGGAUGAAAAAUUCGUAGUAAUGAUGAAUGCAGUGCAGGAGAUGAUGAAGGGAUUCAUGGGGGAGGGAGCAGGAAAGAAGAGGAAGACACAGGAUAAGGAUAAACCUGAGGACACAAAUAAGAAGGGGGCCGAGGAAAAGAAGAAGGCUAAGGGAAAGAAGGUUAGUAAGGGUGACAGACAUGAUGAGACUAGGACUAAAUACAUUGGGGAAAGGGCUGAGAGUGAGUUAUAUAGCCAUGAGUGGAAACAGGUGGGUAGAAAGAAGAAGAGUAAGAAGAGCGUAGUCAAGAGUAUGGACGUGAGUAUGGAAGUGGAUUUGCUGUAUUCGGAUGAGGGAAAGAAGGGUCAGAAUGGAAGUAGUGAAAGUGAGAGUGAGCAGGAAGUACGAAAGGCUGUGUAUAUGAGAGAGGACACAGAUGAUUUCUACGAGGAAAACGCUGAAAAUUACCACGAUGAUGAUGAUGAUGAUGAUGACAUGGAAUAUGGGAACCUUUCUUCCUUUAAUGAGUUAAAUCUUGAGGAAGAAGAAGACCAAGAAGCAGAAGUUGAUGAGGAAGAUGAAGCUGAAGAUGAAAAAUUACAUAAUAGCGAUAGUGACUAUAAUGAUGACAUUCCAGUUAACUAUUACAGGAGGAUAAGCAUGCAAAAGAGACCCCAGACAUACAGAGUGAGAUCAGGAGGACGCAUGGUCAAUAUACCUCCUCAGCGAAGACCACGUUUGCCUCCUAGACCCUCAUCUCACAUCACAAGUCCUAGAGCCACAUCUCAGCCUCAGUCUAAUUCCUUUUCCCAAAACCAGGAAUCCACUACACUUGGCACUCUUGAUGUUGCAACUCCCCACUAUUAUUACAAUAUCUCUCAUUAUUCGCAUCUGUUUACAAAUGUCCAUCCCUUUCCUCUGUCCCGCAUACCUAGAAGUAACCCAGAAGGUUGA